AUGGAAGUUGAUCGAAACUACGUCGUUUUAUUGCACAACAUGGCAUCCUACUCAUCAUUUGUUAACGGAACAUUAACACCGUUUAUCGAUUUGAUGGGGGGAAUUGGCCGUUUUCCCGCUUCUUCAUUCUCGUUUGGUUUGGUUCCACAGGAGGAAGGUUCGACUGUGUCUGUGACUGAACAGUCAUCCUUCAGUUUUGGCCUGUCAAACAAUGGAAACUCUUCCCUGUUUGGUGCAUCCGGCUCUACUCCCAUUACCUCGAAGGGCACGGAAACUACUACUGCAUUCCCAUCAAAGCAAGAUGUUUCAGCGGAGACAGGAGAAGAGAACGAGAAAGCGGCCUUCACAGCUGAUUCAGUAAUGUUUGAAUAUCUUGAGGGAGGAUGGAAAGAGCGUGGGAAAGGAGAACUCAAGGUAAACGUAUCCACGACUGAUAACGGAAAAGCCAGGUUGGUAAUGAGAUCCAAAGGAAACUAUAGGUUGAUCCUGAACGCAAGUCUUUACCCUGAAAUGAAAUUGGCGAACAUGGACAAGAAAGGAAUCACAUUUGCUUGUGUGAAUAGUAUAAAUGAAGCCGAGAAAGGUCUCUCUACAUUGGCACUCAAGUUCAAGGACCCAACGGUAGUGGAAGAGUUCCGAGCAGUUAUUGAGAAACAUAAAGAGAGUAAACCUUCCGUUGUAGAAGCAACAGCUCUUUUAAUGACACCUGAGAACUCACCGAGGGCUGAAGAUGCUUGAAGCUAAAAACUUUGAAACAUUCGUCGUCUUAGUUUCAUUGUG